AUGAUCCCACAGAUGGACCUGUCCUCCACCCUCUCUGCAGAGUGGAAGGCGCAUCAAAGCCUGAGCCAGACUGAAGGCAGCCCCCAGUCUGAAGCUAAAGAGUGCCUAGGGCUAGAACCAAGCAACUCCAACAGCGAGAGCAAAGCAGCCCCCAGAUCGAAAGCCAAGCCCCCAGCAGAGCCCCACUGGGACACUGUGGAAAACAACCUGCCAUAUGUGACCACUGUGGUGUACUCAGAGCAUAUGCUGUACAAGAAGCAGCCAGAACUUUGGUGA